AUGGAGCUCGACGGAGGUAGCCGUGCGUGGCAGGAACAUGCGCGGCGAGUGGCUAUUGUGCCGCUGGAAGCAAGUGGCCCGCGUGGCGAGGGCUCGGACAUGACCGCGUUGGAGGGCGGGGCGCGAACGGUGGUGGUGACCGUCGGCUCGUUGGCUUCGCUGCCCAAGCUCCCACCGCGGCUAGAGGCUCUGUACUCGCCGCCGAUUGUGGGCUCGGUCUCCAUCCGGGCUACCGUCUUUGAUGCGCUCAACUCGCGCUUUGUCGGCUCGACCUUUGUCUCGCCCUCGGCGCCGCUGGCCAACCCGGGCUCGCGGCUCGCCCUCGACAUACCGGUGGUGGUCCACACCGAUGUUGUUGAUGUCCGCCUGCUCCUGGUUGUCGAGCUGGUCAUGGCCGUUGUUCAUCCGGACCCGACCGAGCCGUCCGAGGUGGCCACAACCGAGUACGGCCUCGGAUUUGCCCUGCUCCCGUUCAACGCUGACGUGCCUGUCGGCCGCGACCGCCCGCUCGCGCCACUGUACGCGGGCACGCCGCGGGCGCUGGCGUCUGUUCCUCUGGCAUCGGUCCGCGCCCUGCCUGGUAUUGCCUCGCUCUCUUGGGCCACGCUUGCUCUCGACCCGCACGUCACCGGCGAGCUCGGGCCGUAUCUCCCGUUCCACCACCUGGUCUCGGCGAGCUCGACCGUGCCCGGCAUCGAUCUGACGUCGAUUCCGCGCCCGCCGCGCCCGCUUCCGUACGAUGGCCUUGCCAUUCUCUCGCCGGCGGUUGCGCUCCCGCACAUGUUCGAGGACCUGUUUCUUGCGCGGGUACGCGCUGCCUACGCGCAUGCCCACAAUGUCGACGCCGCCACGCUCGGCGCCUUUGCCAUCACUGAGCGCCGGCUGCGUGUCGGCGUUCACAACGGGCUCAAGUACCUCUCGCCUCCACUGGUUGUCUCGCUUGAGAAGGUUGCCUCGUCGGGGACACUCGAGUUUGGCGGCACGCUCCUGCUUCCACUCGUUCCGCUCGACGGCGGCAUCGCGCUCGUCACCGUGCUCGAGCUUGUUGUCCAGCGGCCGCCACUCAAGCUGACUAAGAAGGAGCGCAAGCGGGCGGCCAUUGACGCGCCGCAGGCGACCAAGUCGUACGGCAUUGCAUGGGCUCCACUCCUCCUCUCGUCGCCGGGAUCUAAUGGCCUCCUCCACGGCGAUGUCGAGGUCCAGCUUGUUCCAGGCCCGUCGCACAACCCGGACUCGCGGCUGCUGUACACUUGCCUUGCCGACGCUCAUGCCAGUGAUGCGUCGGCGGCGAGCAACGAGCUCGCCUUUCGAGCCACGCUGGUGCCGGGCGGCGCCGACGACCUCCCGCCUGGCGUCGACGCUGCCACGGCGACCGAGGCCGAGCUCCCGGCGGCCGUCGACCGCAAAUCGUCGUCCAAGCGCUCGCGUCGGCGGCGGCGCUCGUCGCGCAAGGUCCACGAGAACGAAGAGCUUGGAGCUCGAGGCAGCGAGUACGACUUUACGGGCGCACCGGUUCCACUCGACUACCCGGCGGCACCGCAGGCGCAGGCUUUCUCUGCCCGUCCGCCGCGGCCGGCGGCGCCGCGGGCCCAGAUGCGCGAGUCGCGGGUGCUUGGACAGCCUUUGCCGCAGUCGCACGGGAGCUCGGCCAGCGCGGGCGCCUUUGCCCACCUCACCCGUGCUGACAAAGCCGCCCUCUUCCGGGCCGGCUUCCCGGAGCUUGUGGACGGUACCGGCGCGCCGGCCGCCAACGUCAGCGGGGCCGAGCCCGGGCCGCUGUCGGCAAGCGAGCUCGCGCGAGAGUCGAGCGACGUCAACAACGUCUCGACCGUCCACAUCCAGUUCCUGGCAUAUGCGAGCGAACCCGGCGCCGAGCGCAUCGGCGCUGGCUCUCGGCUCUACUUUACGCUUCAGUUUUACUCGUUCCCGCUCACCGAGACGCAGCAGGUGGCUCUGGGCGCCGAUGGCGAGGUGCCGGAGGACGGCCAUCCGAGCGUGCUGUGGAAGAUGAGCAGUGGCGGACAGCGGGGAUCCAUGCCCGGGCUUGACCUUUCGUUCUGCGUUGAUCCCGGGUUUAUGCGGCCACAUGAGGCCGGCGCGCUCGCGGGCUAUCUGGCGACCAAGGCGGUACAGAUUACGGUAUGGGAUGCAGCCUCUCGGAUGGCACUUGGCGACGUCCAUGUUCCGCUUCGGGCGCUGCUGCGGGCCGGGCGGUCGGCGGUAGCGUUCACCGACAAGGUGCCUGUGGUGUACGAGACAGAAAUCGAUGAGAGUCCGGCUGCGGCGACGCGCGGCUUCCUCUUUGUGCGGCUUGGCAAUGUCGGGUCGAUGUCCGAGGGUGAAGCGGUGGGCCCGUACGACCCGACGAGUGUGGCUCCGGCCGGACUCAGGCCGCCGGGCUCGGGUACGGUGUUCGAGGUGGCGCGGCCGAUGCGCGAAGUCGACGAGGAGCUGGACCUUGUGCUCAAGCAGCGGGCAGCCAAGGACGGAUCCAGACUCGACUCGCGGCUUGACGCGGUAGACAAGGCGCUGGCAAGUGCAAUGGGCCGAAGCGUGCUCGAGGCGCGGGCUGGCAACGCAGCGGAUCUCAAGACCGUGGCGCUCUUCCGUGAGCGGCGUAAGCGGCUGACGCUGUUGUCGAAGCUCUCAGCGGCGCUCACCGCCGAGCAUCGACUGUAUCCGGUGUUUGGCGAGACGCUUUUCUUCGAGUACGAGCUGGUCAAUCCGUUUGACGAGCCGCAGGUCUUUGCGGUCGCCCACGAGGUUGAGAACCUGACUGUGGUGACCGACUACAACGAGUGGCUCCAUUGCAAGCGCACGUUUGGCGUGGACACGCCUGCAGAGCGGCGGUACAUGGAAAAGGCCGGCGGAGUGGUCUCGAUCCACCUCGACCCACACGAGCGGGUCUACAUCCCGUUUCGGUACCAGGCGUGGGACGAGGUGCAAGCCGAGCCGUUUACCGGCAAGGUCGAGUUUGUGGACGCGCGGGGGCGACCGGCGGCUGUGCUGCAGUUGCACGUCGCACCGCAGGCGACGCCGGCCGACCGCACGCUUCGGUUCUACGGGGCCGAGGGCGAGUACCUCAAGCGGACGCUACCGCUGCUAGGUGUCCCGCGGAGCGCGGUCAAGUAUCUCCGGGCCUCGCGCGAAGAUGUGGUGUGCGGGGUGCGGUCCGACCCGGCCGAGGUGUACUUUAAGCUGGCUGUCGGCGCUGCGCCGUCCAAGACCACGUUUGUGCUUGUGGUCUACGACGACGAGUACAUGAUCUCGGUCCACGGAGUGUGGCGGGUCGAGGUGACGGCCGCAGUCCGCGACGACGUCGUGGCAGUGCUCGGACAAGAGUCGACGCGGAGCCUCGCGGUGCGUGGCGGGAGCCACCCCCGGCAAGUUGCGCUCUAUACCUCGCACCCGUCGAUUCUCCGGCCCGAGGCGCCUUGGGGCGAGGCUGCGUCGCUCACUGCCAACGCGCUCAACGAGGUCGGCCUGGUGUUCAAGCCGGCAGCACCAGCGAGCAUCGGUGUCGUCGCCCACAUGGUCGACGUCGAGCGGCGCGAGGUGGUGGGCGCGUGGAUCGUGCACGCCGCCGGCAAGCAGCCGGUCCUCUCGAAGACCUUUGCCGUCCGGCUUGGCCUCGACGUCGGGUCACGCAAGCACGUCUCGUACCGCAACUCGUCGCGGAGCGUCAAAAAGUAUGCGCUCCACACCUCGCGGCCCGAGCUCGUCGAUGUCGAGGCAGGCUCGGAUGAGCUGGUCAUCGGCCCGGGCGAGUCGGGAACCAUCGCCCUUGUCUUUCGACCGCAGCGAACGUCCAUGGCUGGAGUCCGGGUCUUUGUCUUUAUCAAUGAUGCCGCAUCCGGCAAGAACGUCGAGUGCCUCGGCAUCGAUCUCACCUACGGAUAGGGUAAGUAAAGUUGCCAGUGCCGA